AAAAAAAAAGUGCGUUUAUUCCAGUAUUCGACAGCCUGGGCAACGCUCGGGCCAACUCCAUGACAGCGAGCGGCCAGUGCCGGCUGGCGGCGCUUAUUCCUUGCGCGCAGGAUUCCUCGCAGAUAUACGACUGCAACGUGCGGCUGCUGUUCAGGUUACACGCUGCAUUACCGGCUGACACCCUCUCCGGGCAUAGGGAGAGGUUCCGACAGCAGUUCAAGAAGUUAAGCUCGUUCUACAAACACGCAAGCAGUUUGCAGUAUUACAGAAAUCUGCUUACAUUGCCCGUACUGCCUUCAAAUCCGCCAAACUUUCUGCUGCAGAGUGACUUCGGCACGUACGUGACGCCUGUAGUGUCGAUCCCAGAGCAACCGCCCGAUGAAGUAGACGCCGUGGGCUCGCUCAUCGACACCUCUGAUACCAUCAGUCAGGUACGUAUCCAGAUCUAUUCUGUUUUUGAUUUAGCCAUUGGUAUGUAG